CCCCACGUGACUAGGCCACGCAGCAGAGGGAGAGGGCGGCCAUGGGGCUAGGGGCAAGCAGCGAGCAGCCGGCGGGCGGCGAGGGCUUCCAUCUGCACGGGGUACAGGAGAACUCGCCGGCCCAGCAGGCAGGCCUGGAGCCCUACUUCGACUUCAUCAUCACCAUCGGGCACUCGAGGCUGAACAAGGAGAACGACACGCUGAAGGCACUGCUGAAGGCCAAUGUGGAGAAGCCGGUGAAGCUGGAGGUAUUCAACAUGAAGACCAUGAAAGUGCGCGAGGUGGAGGUGGUGCCCAGCAACAUGUGGGGCGGCCAGGGCCUCCUGGGAGCCAGCGUGCGCUUCUGUAGCUUCCGCAGGGCCAGUGAACACGUGUGGCAUGUGCUGGACGUGGAGCCCUCUUCACCUGCUGCCUUGGCUGGCCUGUGCCCUUACACAGACUACAUAGUUGGCUCUGACCAGAUUCUCCAGGAGUCGGAAGACUUCUUUACUCUCAUUGAGUCCCAUGAGGGGAAGCCCCUGAAGCUGAUGGUGUAUAACUCCGAGUCCGACUCCUGCCGGGAGGUGACUGUGACUCCCAAUGCAGCCUGGGGUGGAGAGGGCAGUCUGGGGUGUGGUAUUGGUUAUGGGUACCUGCAUCGGAUCCCAACGCAGCCCUCCAGCCAGCACAAGAAGCCACCCGGUGCCACACCACCUGGCACUCCGGCUACAACUCCACAACUUACUGCCUUUCCUCUUGGUGCCCCAGCACCUUGGCCUAUCCCUCAGGACUCUGCUGGCCCAGAGUUGGGUUCCAGGCCGAGUGACUACGUGGAGGCCCUACCACAGGUCCCUGGUAGCUUUAUGGAGGGACAGCUCCUUGGGCCUGCGAGUCCCAGCCAUGGUGCUGCUGACUGUGGGGGAUGCCUGCGUGCUAUGGAGACCCCGCUUCAGCCUCCACCUCCAGUGCAGCGGGUCAUGGACCCAGGCUUCCUGGAUGUGUCAGGCAUGUCCCUCCUGGACAGCAGCAAUACAAGCGUGUGCCCCAGCCUGUCAUCUUCCACAGUGCUGACCUCCACGGCUGUUUCAGUCUCAGGACCAGAGGACAUUGGUUCUAGCAGCAGUUCUCAUGAGCGGGGUGGUGAAGCCACAUGGUCAGGGUCGGAGUUUGAGAUCUCCUUCCCAGACAGUCCAGGUGCCCAGGCCCAGGCGGACCACCUGCCCCAGCUGACUCUCCCCGAUGGCCUCACAUCUGCGGCCUCACCUGAAGAAGGGCUGUCUGCAGAGCUGCUGGAAGCACAGACUGAGGAGCCGGCAGACACAGCCAGCCUGGAUUGCAGGGCAGAGACUGAGGGGAGAGCCAGCCAAGCCCAGGCUGCCCCAGAUCCAGAGCCUGGGCUGUGAGAACACCCCUGGUGACAUUUGGUGUGGCUUAGCUGUGUAGCUCUCUAGGCUGCAGGCUCUUGUGAGGCAUGGGCUUUGCUACAAUACAUACAUGGUCCUGGGUCGAAGGGACAGAACACUGGAGCAGCAACCAGCUUCUGUAGAGGCAGGUGACGGAAUCUAGACUGUCAAUGAAGCAUUGACGCCCCAUCACAAUAUCCAGGUGAAGAUGGGGCGAGGGACAAGAGGCUGUGUCCAUAGGCAGCCACACCUGUACUGAGGAAGACCCCAAGUCCCAAUGCCCUUCCUCAUUCUGAUCCUUCCACUGGAUGAGAGAGGUAGUAUAUCUGGCCACUUUAUUUCUAGCAUGGGAAAGUCUAGGGAUUUACCUUCAGAGGGAUCUACCUCUGCUAGCUGUACACCAGCCCCAGGGGCAGGUGCAAGGGAGCAUCCACUCCAGUUCUGGCAUCCUGUGAUGGCUCCCUUCAGCCCUCACACGCAGACAGCUGGCUCUGGUGGUAGACAGGUCAAACGAUGCUGUCAGAACCCCUCUACCUGCCCUCGAGCGGGGCUCUUCCCCAGAAGAGCUGGAGGAGAGUUGCUAAAGGCCCCUCCCAUCUGUCCUCAGUGUAAGGGAAAGGCGCCGUUACAGGCUCAGUCUCCGAGAGGACAGCUGCACCGCUGCCUUGCUACAGAUGGCACCAGGCAUGUCCUCUGCCAAUCACUGUAAGCUACCUUUGGUCUUCUUUUCUAGCCUCUUUGUUCCAUCGUCCACAGACCAUGUAACUAUCUGUUCAGGGUACUUAGGCUGGUAAGCCAAGGACUCUGUUCCAAGAAGCACAGGCCAAACAGUACAGUGGGCCAGGUCCUGGAUGGGCAAACAGAACCCCAAGCACUAGGAAUACAUUUAUAGCCAGGGGCCACUGAGAGGCCUGAGGCCGUACAACAUGGCUUACCACAGGGCUGCUCUGGGGCCAUCUCAAUUAGGCACUGUGGUUAGGCACUCUGACCCCCAGCUGCCUUCAUUGGAAGGUUCUGCUCCCCAGCGACCCCAUGUGGGGUGAAACGGAGGCUGAUGCUGUUUCAAGUAUGAACCCCCAGAUGGUUUCUUUCCCUGUAAUCUGCUAUGGGGAAAGUGACAAGUGAAAAAAUAAACAUGUCCGCACACUGAAGUGUUUGUAACUAAAGCUUUAUUCUAUACAACCCGAGAUACAGACUCCGCCCCUUUGGCGUUGCAGACUGUCCAAUUUUCUGGAAACUUAGUACUGAUUUUUGACUAGCGGGGAAAAAUUACAACCAUGCUGGGGUAAACUCCUCCAUAGGGGCACAACUGCCUGUGGAUCAGUACUGCGCCAGUGAACCAACCAGCAAAACCUACGCUUAGUGCAGAGGCCCCUCCUGCAAACACAACCACCCCACCCCUUGCUUUUACUUUACAGCUAUCACUAAAAAAUACGCACCAAAAGUGCACCAAUGUGUCCAACACAUAGAAAGGACUUCUGUAAAAAAGCUGGCUGCUCUAGGGCGGGAGAAUGGUUUAACACUGGGAAGUGUUCUUGCUCACUGGUGAGGGUAUGGAAGCCAUGGCCUGUCUGUGUUCCAGAGUUAAGGUGAGGGACCCUGUUCUGCAGUUGUACGGACUAAUGCCUCAAUUUGUAAGGGACAGAUCUGGGCCCCUCAGCUGUCCCCUGCAGGACCUGUGAGAUAGAGAGAAAACACCUUUCUUCCCCAAGCCCCCCUCCCCUUGCUCCUGUGGGCAGGGACCACACACAAGGCAGGAGCAGACGGACAGACGGGGAAAGCUGCACCCCCACCCCCAAGGCACGUGUGCUUCCGCUGUGCUCAAAGGUUCAUCUCCUGCAGCUUCACGGGCUGGACCAUUCGUCUGAAUGUAAAUGACCUUGGGAAGAAUCCAAAGUAGUUUUUGCUAAAAGUUGAAGUGUUAUCCCCAAUAAGGUAAUAUUCUGUACAAGAUCCAAGUGAGUCUAUGAAAGCUUUUGACUGUUAGAAAGACGGCAGAAAGACCUGGACGAAGGCGUAACAAAAGCCCGUGUAUAAAACUGGAAAAACAAACAUGAACCACAAUAUAAAUAUCAAACCAA